AUGCUUGCCGCCGUCGGUGCAGUAGGCCUAGCAAUGGGCGGCGCUGUGGCCUACGCCCGUUGGCGCUCCUGGGCGCAGGCAUCGCACCGCGAGCAAAUGGAAGCUCUGCUCCUCGAGCCGACCACGAGCGCUGAGCAAGUACUCGAUCUCGUGAGCCACAUGCCAGCUGAGCAUGUGGCAGAGCUACGGAGUCGAGAUGACGGCGAUACGAUGCUGCAUGUUCGGGCAAGAGCCAACGAUCCGAAGAGUUUGGAGGUCAUCAAUAGACUCCUCGCUCACGUGGCGGACGUCGACCUGACCGUCUCUCCGCCCAUUCUCGAUGUCACCAACGGAUACGGAUGUACCGUACUGCAUGUAGCAGCUUUGGCCGAUGCAAGCGAUGUCAUAUCGUGGGCACUCGUCGACUCGCCGUGCCAUGGUACUGUGGUCCGCGAUUGGUGCAACGCUCUCACGCCCGAGUCCAAGUGGACUGCCAUGCACCUAGCAGCGGCUGAGGGCCACGAGGAGGCAGCCCGCGCGCUUGUCGACAGCUACGCACUCUGUGGCUGGGACGAUGCUGCUGCCGUGGACGAGCUGGCGAAUACAAAGGACGCUCACGGCCACACCCAGCUCUUCAUCGCCCUCCAUAAUCGCCACCCGCCCAUCGCCGCCCUCCUGCUCGAGCUCGGCGGCGACCCGAGCAUCGCCUGCGGGCGCAACCUCCUCACUGGCUUGCACUCGGUGGCAGCAACGGGUCAUGCCGAGCUCGCAGAGGCUGUCAUCGCCGCCCUGCGCGCCGCCGGCACCCUCGAGCGCACGCUCGCCGCCCGCAGCGCCACCGGCGAGACGCCCGCUGCUUUGGCCGCCGGAUCGGGCCACGCUCACGUGCUGCGGCUUUUGCUUGAUGCUGGCGCCGACGUCAACACAGUGACCAAAGGCGGCGAGUCGCUGUUGGCGUUGGCGGCGGCACACGCCCGUCAAGACGACGCAGCGCUGGCUAUCUUUGAUCUCGUCCUCGCUCAUCCGGCCCUGGACGAGUCCAUCCUCGUGGCGCCGAAUCGGUUUGGCUCGACCGCGCUCCACGAGAUCGCGAGUCUCUGCCGGCCUACACUUGCGCGUGCCCUCAUCACCGCCGCCUCGGCGCCGCACACCCUCGCUGCCAUGCAGGACUACGAUGGAAUGACGCCAAUCCACGCGCUGGCGCGCGCGGUGCGGACGAUUGGCGACCGCGCGGUGGAGACCUUUGCCGCCAUCGCCGCCGCUCUUCAUGAUCCUGCUGUCGUCGCUGCUGUCGUCAACACGCUCGACUAUGGUGAAGCCUCGCCGCUGCACGCGCUGGUGUGGAAGGCAGAAAGCAUGUCAGCGGUCGCGCUCCUCGAGGCGCUCCUCGAUGCCGGCGCAGAUCCGACCAUCGAGAGCGAGCAGGGGUGGAGCCCGCUGCACGUGGCCUACAACAUGCGCGGGCCAGACGCUCGCGUUGCCGACGCAGUGCUUGCUGCGCUCACCUCCCGGUGGCCGCCCGCGGCGCUGGAUCGCUUUGACAAGGACAAGCGCCGCAAUCUGGAUGCCAAGGGCUACAUCGCGCGGCGCGGGCCGCACAACCGCAUCCCCAUCGCAGAGCGCAGGGCGGUGCUGGGUGGCGAGUUUACGCCCGCCGGCGUAGCAGAUUACCUCCAGCGGCUCGGGCGGACGCCACGGAUCGUGGUACUGGCCGGCGCCGGCCUCUCGGUGAGCGCGGGCAUUCCGGCGUAUCGGACAAGCGAUGGGGUGUACUCGACCGCAGCGGGGCGGUCAGCGUUCCAGGCGUCGGCGGUCGCUAGCGAUCCAGUCAGCUUCUACGCCAAGAUGGCGGAGCUGUUUGGCGGCGUGGUGACCGGUGAGAUCACGCCGACGAGUGCCCACUACUUUGUGGCUGAGCUCGCGGCACGCGGCGAGCUUGCCGCCAUCCUCACCCAGAACGUGGACAUGCUCGAGGUGGCGGCCGGCAUUCCGGCCGACAAGAUUGUCGAGGCUCACGGGACGAUGCGCCGGUUCCGCUGCCUGGAUCCGAUGUGCUCGAGCGAAGCGGUUAGCGGCGAGGCUGUGUGGCCGCGAGUCCUCGCAGGCGAUGUUCCGGUUUGCGCAGCGUGCGGCUCCACGCUCCGGCCCUGUGUGGUGUUCUUUGGCGAGGGCUUGCCUGCCUCGUUUACCGAGGCACGGAACACCGUGAUGGAACACGCCGACCUGCUCAUCGUCAUCGGCACCUCGCUCAUGGUCUAUCCAUUUGGGGCGCUGGUCAACGAGGUCUCGCUCCUCACCCCGCGGGUGCUCAUCAACCGCGAGCCGGUCGGCCCCUUUGUCCACCACACCUCCGACGCCAACUACCGCGACGUGGCACUGCUUGGCGAUGCCGAUGAUGGCGCACAUGCUCUGGCAGCCUCGUUUGGAUGGCCGGCGGACUGGGCCGAGCGUGCCGCAGCUCGCGCCGCCGGCUCGUGACCGCCAGGCCCGGCCGCCAGAGUCGUGAGAGCAAGAAAGUGACUGCGGACAAGAUUGAUGUUACUGCAGCGAAUGUGCGCGAGGCCAGGACAAAGAGGCCAGGGCUCCUGCCUUGUGAGGGCGAGCAGGACGCGCUCACGUGGACCAGCGGCGAGAUUAUCUUAGGCGCAAGCCUCCUUGAGGUAGGCGAUGAGGUCAGCGCGCUCCUGGGCCUUCUUGAUGCCGGCGAACGCCAUCUUGGUGCCCGGGAUGUACUUCUUCGGCUUCUUCAGGUACGCGAAGAGGGUGUCCUCCUGCCAGAGGAUGCCAGCAUCGCGGUUAGCCUUGGUGUACGCGUAGCCGGGCUUGGUGCCCGAGACACGACCAAAGAGGCCAUGGAGGCCGGGGCCAGUCUUGUCGGCCUAUCCCCCAGCAACCGUGGCCAUCGUCAUCGUCAACGCCAUCGUCAUCGUCAUCGUUAUCGUCGUCGUCAUCAUCGGAUCAUCCGUGAGUCGCACCCAAUACAGUCGCUGCCUCGACACACUCCCCACACACACACGCAUACACAAACACA